GAAAAUUUAGCCUCUCAUCAGUUUCCAUGUAUUUAGGCUGUCAGUCCCAAGUUUAACUAUCAAGAAUAUAUAUACUGAAAUUUUAUAACGUUUUCAUGCUUUUCUAUACUUCAGUCUAACCUGUCUGUAUAAAAAUGGCACUGUCACAAAGGUUUGUUUCAAGAGUAAUGAAUUUUCCAAAACACUUAUCCAGUGUUGUCAGAACAUAUGUAAAUCAACAUCAAAAUUUUGAAGUGCAAGAAUCUGGAUUAAAUUACGAAGGUCAUAGACCUACAACAUUUUUUCAAAAAGGUUUGUUAGCUGCUGGUUCUGCUAUUGCUGCAAUAAACAAUCCUCUUCGAUCUGAUAUGGUGGCAACAUUAGGUGAAACAACUGGUUAUUAUGCAUUGAGACAGUUACAGUUGCAAAUGUUGAAUGAUGAAACUGGAAUUCGAAUUCUCAAAGAGAAACCAAUUGUUGACAGUGAAAAAGUGAAAGUUGAAGAACUUUUACAACUUCCACAAAAUACUUUUGGGUAUACAUAUGCAAAAUUUAUGGCCAGUAAUGGUCUUUCAUCAAAUACAAGGCCAUUGGUACAUUACUUAGAUGACAGUGAAUUAGCGUAUAUUAUGAAACGUUAUCGACAAAUUCAUGACUUUAUUCAUACAAUAUUGUGUUUUUCUGUGACAGUCCCUGCAGAACUUGUUGUCAAAUGGUUUGAAUUUGCACAUUUUGGAUUUCCUAUGGCAACAUUGGCAUCUGUGUUUGGACCGCUGCCUUUAAGUUUAGAAGACAAGAAAGAAGUCACUAAAUUUAUUCCUUGGGCGGUAUACAAUGGAUUAAAUGCGAAGCAGUUUUUGAAUGUGUACUUUGAAGAGAGAUUUGAACAAGAUUUCAAGUCCUUAAAAGAGGAUUUAGGAUUACUAUCUCCUCCAUAUGAUACAUUUUAACUCUGAUAGAAAUGUAUAAAUUUUGCCCGUAUAUUAUGUAAUUGAUUCUUUAAAAAUGUUCCUAAAUUUGGUUUAAUUAUGCUUACAAAUUUUCUUAUAUGAAAAUGUUUGUCAUGUUACGAACUAAGAAGGUGAAAUUUAAUGUGUUUUUGCGUCAUCUAAUGUUGAAGUUUUCUGGUAUUUAUUAUAUUUUAUUAUUCAUGACAUUUUUAAAGUCCUUGACAGGAAGCCCCAAGUAGUAGAUUUCUUUAUCUGUCAAUUUACUUUGUGAAACUAGGGGGGACUCAUACUUUGUUUGAAAAUCGAUUAUAAUUUUUUAAUUCUUCAAUUUGGUUUCCGGUUCUUGUGACGAUUCAUUUUUCACAUGCUAAUAACCAUGUUAUAGUUCAGUUUAUAAAUGUUGAAGAUAUGUUCUCAACAACCCCUUUCGGACAAAUUUUUUGUCAUUUGUAUGAAUCAUGUCUAACAAAUAACUGUUUCUGAAUAUAUAUAUUUCUUUCUGUUAAAAAACUAAUAGUUUUAUACUAUUUUAAGAAUUAUUUAGGUAUUAUAGCAUGAACAAGUA